AUGUCCUCAGCUCGAACAAGCGCAGUCGUCGGCGCGACAGGCCACCAAGAAUCAGGCGUCGUCGCGGCCCUCCUCUCCUCGACCUUUUUCUCCGUCCGCGCAUUGAGCACCAACCCCUCAGGCUCCAAGGCUACUUCUCUCCUCCCUGUUCACAACAGGUACGUCAACGAGGGAAGGUUGGAGAUCGUCCAGGCGGACUUGAACGACAAGGAGAGCCUGGAGAAGGCGCUCAAGGGCGCGUAUGGGGUCUUUGCGGCCAUGGCAGUGGCUGAGAACGAGGUCGAGCAAGGCAAGACCCUCGUCGAUGUUGCCAAGGCCGAAGGGAUCGAGCACUUUGUCUACUCGUCGCUGCCUUCGAUCGCCAAAGCCAGCGGCGGGAAGUACACCCACGUCGUCCCUUUCGAGCACAAGGCCGAGAUCGAGCAGUACGCCAAGGAGAAGUUGGACAACAUGACGGUUCUCAUCCCAGGAGCUUUUUACUCGAACUUCGAGCUGCCGCUGUACGCAAGGCGUGGAGACGACGGUAUCGCCAUCUUCAACGUCGUCGGCUCGAUCGACCUCCAGCUCGGCUGGGUCGACGACGGUCACGACGUCGGCACCUACGCUGCCGGUACUUGCCUCUCCUCUUCGUCUUUGGCUGGUCUGAUCGGUUCACCACCUACAGCUGCAUUCACGAAAGGUCCCGCUGUCACCGCCGGCAAGACCUACCCCAUCGAAGCUCCCUGCUGCACGAUGGACGACAUCGCCGCGCAGGACGAAGCCGUCAUAGGCGAGAAGGCCAUGGUGCCUUCGUUCAAGUACGUGUUCUCGUACGUGAACGAACUCGAACCCGAUUCAAUUUGCCACGGCACGAUGAGGCCCGAGGAGGACAAGAGCUUCGAGGACUUGGGCGUCAAGGCUUCGUCUUUCAAGGCGUUCCUCGAACGCACGGGCUUCAGGAUCGGCGGCGAGGCCAAGUAG